UUUUUUGUCACAUAAAAAAAUGUUUCAGCCUUUUUCUUUUAUUAUUUUUCAUCCUUAAAAGGCUAUAUAAGUUUAGUUGUGAUUAAUGAUAUCUUAGAUGCGAUCAAUAUUUUGAGAAAUAUUAGACGUAACUGUGCACAAUCAAAGUUUAAAAGAGCAUAUGUGAUGAACUUUCAAUAUGUUUUCUUUGGUAAUCGAACAAUGAACAGACAUUAGUUUCAGCAAACCACGGUUAUAUGGUGAGAAAGGAAACUACACAAUUUUGAGCCCACACUUUCAACUUACAGUGGAUCUGCUCCAUUGAUGCAGGGAAAUCCCUGCAUCAGUCUGAAUAUAAAACACUGCUCAGCCAGACACAGUCAAAGAACACAGCUUACCACUCUGAACCAAGAUGCCCCUCAUCAAGCUCUGUGAGUAUAACGUAUCAUGAUUGAAGAGUCUAAUCUUCCAAGAGAUAUUUUCCAGUUAUCUAAUUUUUCUCUUUUUUUUUUUCUAGACUUCACUCCUGCACUGCUGCUCCUAGUGCUCACUUGUCCUUUAUGGCAGAUCAGCCAAUCUGUGCCACUGAUGGGAAUGCAAGACUCCUGUGUAUUAUACGCAAGAACACUGCUCCAGAACAUCACGGAUGUACUCAACCAGAAAACCCUGUUUAGUGGAAUUGACUGCACGAAGCAGAACAUGGAGCUGUACAAAAAAACCAGCACACCAUCAGCGUGUGCACCACAGGGAUCAGCAUGCUCAGAAAUCACUACAUCAGGAUUUGACCAGAGCUCAUGUUUGAAAAACAUUCGGGAGGAUCUGAAGUACUAUGACGAAUUCCUCGCAGCGCAGCCUGUUGGUACUCUUCUGUUCAGUCUCAGGGAACUCAUGAAGAACUGCUUCGGAAUAUUUCCGGCAUCAGAUUCGACCUUAAGAGAGGCUGCUGCAAACAUCAGAACCUCCUUCGACCAAAGACUUCACCUCUGCAAAGUGCUGAAGGGCUUCCAGGUCCGUGCCAUCACAAUAAACCGAGUGAUUGCGUACAUGACCUCUGAUGAAUACACUAAAUGAAUCGUCACUGAGCUCCAGAACAAUACUCAAGAGGCUCCAGAAAGAAAUUACAGAAACUACGGUGACAGUCAGUUAAUGUUGCUGUGACAGAAAACACUUCAAUAUACUUUAAAGUUUCAUAAAUUACUUAACUCAUAUCUUAAAAUUGACGACUUAUAUUUAACUGUGUUUACUGACUUGAAAAUGAUAUUUAUUUAUUUAUUUUAUUCUGGACUAUUUAUUUUCAAAUG